CUUUACAGCAAUACAUCAACUGCAUGAUAUUAUUAAACGAUUACGUUUUUCCUCAAAUGUUUUUCCAGUGAAGGUUUUAUUUUAUUCUGUUUUUUAUUAUUAUUCACGAACCAGGUUUAAUAAUGUCCUUAACAAGAGACGACUGUAGCUACCGGUUUAGCGUUACACAGACUGCAUGUCUAUAUCAUGACACGUUCAGCUCAAAAACAUUGUUUGUGUCAGUAAUACAGUUUCACAAAAUGCAGAGUAAAUUCUAUUACAGACAUUAAAUACCCAAACCAAAUCUCUCUCUAUCUGUCUUUACUGUCAUUACUGUUAAAAUAAAGUGUGUGGGGUAGAGUAGGAGUUCUGUGACACGCAGAAAUCAGUCUGAGAGUGUUUAGUCUUUAAUAUAAUGAUGGACUGAAUCUGAAGGAAGAAAUGGUUAACAGAGGAGUGUUUAUAAUCUCUCCGUCUUUGUGCUCCUCCUCCAAAACCACCUCCUCAUACACACAGAACCAGGAAGUUCAUUUCAAAGGAAACGAAACUCAGAGUUCAGUGCAGUCUCACACUCUCUCUCUCUCUCUCUCUCUCUCUCUCUCUCUCUCUCUCUCUCUCUCUCUCUCUCUCUCUGUCAGUGUGUGAGUUCAGGAAAAUGGCCGAGGCCAGUAUUUCAGUAGAUCAGCUUUCAGUGGAUCAGUUCAGCUGUCCAGUGUGUCUGGAUCUACUGAAGGAUCCGGUGACGAUCCCCUGUGGUCACAGUUUCUGUAAGGUGUGUAUUAAUGACUGCUGGGAUCAGGAAGAGAAGAGCGGAGUGUAUCGCUGUCCUCAGUGCAGAGAUACUUUCACUCUGAGGCCUGUUCUACGCAGAAACAACAUGCUGGCUGAAGUGGUGGAGAAACUGAAGAAGACUGAAGUCCAAGCUGCUUCUCCUGCUCACUGUUACGCUGGACCUGGAGAUGUGGAGUGUGAUUUCUGCACCGGGAGAAAACACAAAGCCGUCAAGUCCUGUCUGAUGUGUCUGGCCUCCUUUUGUGAAACUCAUCUGAAACCUCACUAUGAAGUUCCUGGUUUGAAAAAGCACAAGUUGGUCGAAGCUUCUGGAAAUCUACAAGAGAAGAUCUGCUCUGAGCAUGAUAAAGUGCUGGAGAUCUACUGUCGUACUGACCAAAGCUUCAUCUGUUAUCUGUGUAUGACGGAUGAACACAAAAGCCACGACACCGUCUCAGUUAAAGCGUACAGAACUGAAAAACAGAGAGAGUUAAAGGAGGAGCAGAUGAAAUCCCAGCAGAGAAUCCAGGAGAAGCAGAAGAAGGUGCAGGAGCUGAAACAGGCUGUGAACACUAUAAAGCUCAGUGCACAGACAGCAGUGGAGGACAGUGAGAUCAUCUUUACUGAGAUGAUCGGCUCCAUGGAGAAAAGGCGCUCGGAGGUGACGGAGCUGAUCAGAGCUCAGGAGAAGGCUGAACUGAGUCGAGCUGAACGACUCCUGGAGCAACUGGAGCAGGAGAUCGCUGAUCUUCAGAGGAGAGUCACUGAGCUGGAGCAGCUUUCACACACACACGAUCACCUCCACUUCCUCCAGGAAAUAAAGUCUGAUCUCCAUCAGGACUCACGCAGCAUCACUGUCAGUAAACAUCUCUCAUUUGAUGGAGUGAGGGAAUCUCUCUCUGCUCUGAAAAAGAGACUCGAGGAAUUCUGCCAGGAGGAAUUCAUCAGAAUCCCUGAACACGCUGCAGCAGUUCACAUCAUUUUACCCCCAGAACCAAAGAGCAGACAAGACUUUCUGCAGUAUUUCUGUGAUCUGACUCUGGAUCCCAACACAGUAAAUUAUUACCUCAUUCUGUCUGAGAGGAACAGAGCGGUGACACGCAGUGAGAGAAAGCAGCAGUACUCUGAUCAUCCAGAGAGAUUUGACACCUACAGGCAGGUGUUGAGUAAGGAGAGUGUGUGUGGACGCUGUUACUGGGAGGUGGAGAGGAGCGGUGAUGUGUUCAUAUCAGUCUCAUAUAAAGACAUCAGCAGGAAAGGAUGGGGUAAGGAGUGUUGGUUUGGACGCAACGAUCAGUCCUGGAGUCUGCGGUGUUCUUCUUCUUCUCUCAUCUUCUAUCACAACAACAUUAAGACUGAUCUCGGAGUUCCAUCGUCCUCCAGAAUAGGAGUGUAUGUGGAUCACAGUGCAGGAACUCUGUCCUUCUACAGCGUCUCUGACACGAUGAAGCUCCUCCACAGAGUCCACACCACAUUCACUCAGCCUCUAUACGCUGGAUUCAGGCUCCACUGUGAUUUUGUCUCUAAAUCAGGAAUAACUGUGAGGUUGUGUGAUCCGACAAAAUAAUGAUUUGAGGUGUUUUAUGGUCAGUAAUUUGUCAGUAAAUAAAACUCUGUGCACAUUUCCUCAUUGAUCCCCAUCUGUGAAAUAAAUGUUCAUAUUAAAUCAGUAAAAACACUAAAGAUUAAAACGCUGCAUUUCGACUCGGCCUAGGAUCAUCAGUUACACAUGUAAAGGAAAUGAAAGUGUAAGAUCUGAAUGUAUUCCCAAUGACGUAUAAAAGUUCUACUGAUUUCUGAAAUUAGUGAAGUGAAAUGCCUAAACUCUCUAUAAAUCAAAUCUCUUUAUCAAAUUGGAGAGAAUUUUUAAAGGAAAUUAAAUGAAAUAUUUUGAGCGACAGGAGCAGUGCAGUAGGUAUGUAGCUAGGGAAUCAAAAUGGCCACCUAGUUACACGUUGCAUUAUGGGUACCUGUAUAGGUUGCAGUGAUGUCUGUGAAAGUGAUGAUGAUGAUGAUGAUUUAUAUUAAAAUAUCUGUAUCCAGUUAUUUGCCUAAUCUAAACUAUGUGCACUCAGGGCUGUUUUUGGUCUGACACAGUGGGAGAGCUGAUGGUGGCGCGGAUGUUAGUUUAAAUUAGUUAGUAAUAUUGUCAUUUUUUGCAAAUAAUAAAGACAUUUGUAGACACUGACGUUAUGUACAUGAGUCCCUGACUGUAAAAAUUCUGAGAUCUUGAUUAUCUGCUGUAAUUAACGAACAUGGAGACCAAAAUAAAGCUUUCCAGGAUUUCUCAGAGUCAUCCCCAUAUUUUGCAUCAUUUGUUUAAUUUGGUUCUCUUUGUCUACUUUUUAAAAUGAUCAUGUUUUAGGUCAUAUUCUGCUUCAAUACUGUGUUAAAAUCCAUGCUGGUCUACUCAUUAAUCUUACAUAUGAAUCAUCAUGACUGUACUUAUACUGUAUAUAUUCAGUUGGAUGGAUUCUUGGAUAACAAAAUAAAAAAUAUAUUUAAAUAUGUGUUAAAUCCAUG